AUGGAAGGUGUUGAAGACUUAUCGGUUAAAAGAAAAGACCCCACAUUGUUUUUGCCCGAAGAGCCUAUGUCAUACGAAAUAAAAGUAAAAAAGAAGAAAAAGAAAAAGAAGCAGAGCCAAGAAGAUCCAUUUAAAGAUAUAGAGGAGAAGGCAGUACUGCCCACAGAAGUAGCGCUAGAUCCCGAAGUGAAUAUUAAAGUUGAGAAUAUUGAAGUAGAAUUGGAUUUUAACGAUUUCGCUAAUGAUAAUGGACUGAUGUUGGAAGGUCCUCAAAGUGAGGAGAGCCAAGAACCCGUAGUCAAGUUAGAGCAACAGAAUCGUGAGGCAGUAAUACUAACAUUCGAGAGUGUGACUCAUGAUAAAUCAGUGUUCGGUUAUGGACAAAAUGCUCCCCCUUCUAUGGUGUCGGACCAUGUGUGUAAAAUAUGCCAUCUAGUGUUUCAAUCGCCAAGAACUCUGAAAACUCACCAAAAGAGAACUCACAGAGUUUUCCAACGGGCGUUCGAACAUGUCUGUGAUCACUGUGGGAUGUCCUACGAUCAAAAAACCAGCUUGAUCGCGCAUAUUAGGAGGAAACACGGACCAAACUCGAUGCCUGAUGACAGAGAAGAGAGGACUUGUGAUAUUUGUGCUCUAGUGUUCAAAGGCAUGGCGAGGUUGAGAAUGCAUAUGCGAAGAAAGCACGGGUCGUUCGAGGAAUCCUUCCAACAUGUUUGCAAAGAUUGCGGUCUUACGUACGACAAAUAUAGGAGUUUAGUUGUCCACAUUCAGAGGAAACACUCAACUAACAAGAAACCAGUGGUCAAUCAGUGGUUCAACUGCCCCUUCUGCCCUAAAGUCUUCACCAAGCGAGAGACAUAUGCGAGACACGUGCAGAGAAAGCAUCGAGUGAAAGAAGACGAUGGUAUGAAACAGGAGAAUUUAGAUCAGGAGUUGUUGGAGAAUUGCAAGAAUGAAGAGACUGGCGAGAUAACGUGCAAAGAAUGUCCUCUGGUAUUUUCUUCGUUAAAUUUUCUAAAAUUGCAUAUGAGAAGAAAACACAAUGCGCUAAAGGAAGAUUUUAGACUUAAAUGCAGAAUUUGUAAUUUGUCCUAUGAUAAGAUCGAAAGCUUAAAGCGACAUGUAAGAAGAAAACAUGACAAGGGUUCGUUUUGUGAAGUGUGCAAUAAACAGUUUGAUACUAGAGAGUUGUAUUUGAAUCAUACACAUGUUAAAAUGAUCAAAGAGUGUUCUAUAUGCGGAUUGAUUUUCGCAUCCCAAGGCGGACUGGCUAAACAUUUGCGUUGUACCCACAAAAUUGACGAACCCAAAACUGUAUUCUGCAACUUGUGUAACGAAGGUUUUCACGAUAAAAGGCAGCUGAAACCGCACUUUAUGAAAGUGCAUUUAAACGUGUCAUACACUUGCCGUUAUUGCAAGAAAGUGUUCAAAGCAAAAGAGAGUUAUAGACGACAUGUCCUGUUUCAACAUCCUGUAAAUAAUAAAAAUGGUCAAUCACAAAAAUGCGAACACUGUACUGAGACGUUUCCAGACGAGGUGGAGUUAUGUCGACAUAUCAGUAUAGCCCACGGGAAACCGCCCGACGAGCCUCCAAGCACAGAAGUCGUUUUGAUUAAGAAAGAGGAAAUGGAUUUCAAAGAGUCCUUCCAAUGUUCGAAGUGUACCGAGUCGUACUUUACUUGGGAGGAACUGCGUUUGCACUACGAACAAAAUCAUCACACGGUCGGUGAUAGCCAGUGCCAGAUAUGCGGGGAAAUUGUGCCAGGGAACGAGCUUCAAAAGCACAUAAAGAGUGUGCACACGCAAACGGUACUCCAAUGCAAGUACUGCGACUUUGAAACGUCGAUGCGGGCGAGCAUGACUCAACACACCCUAAGGCACAAAAACGCCACAACUUUAAACUGCGACUUCGACGGUUGCAAAUACAAGACGUUCUACGAGGGCGCGAUGGUGAAACACAAAAGGAAACAUACGGAAUUGGGCGUCAAGUUGCAGUGCUCGCAAUGCGCGUUCCAAACAAUGAACAAAUACGUCUUGAAAUAUCACGAAGAGGCGCAUUUGACCGGCAAGAAGAAAUACACUUGCGAUCAAUGCGACUACGCGACAAUCUUGCCGGCUAAUUUAGUACAACACAGGUACAAACACUCUGUUGAGAAAAAGUUCAAAUGUGAGGUGUGUCCGUUUGCGACAAAGUACAACACGUCCUUACGUUUCCACGUCAAGAAAAAACAUUGUGAUCUCCCUUCUUUCAGUUAA